UUGUGCAUGCGGCUCCUCGAAGUGAAAAUAGCCUGUUUGUAAAUAAACCGGUGACAGGGCGCCGUUCGCGGGGGGCGUGGCCCCGGCCGUUGGUCCGAACGACAUUCUCGCUUCCCGCCAGUCUCUCUUCGCCUCUCACUCCCCUCCCCCCCGCACAUACACAUCCCCUGUCCUCGCCUCCUUUCGCAGUUCUCUCCACCGCCCCGGCCUCCGGCAAGAGACCUAUGAGAGAUAGCGACGGUGAAGGUGCCGGCGGCGGACUCCCGCGCUCGCACCCUUCCAACAUCCCGCUCCCGAUGCCGCACUCGGACCCAAACUACUCCGGGACCGACGAUGAGUGCUCCAACAGGCAGAGCAGCUCGUCCGCCACGGGCGGCGCCAGCCCCGGGUUCUACAACGACUACCCGACCAGCUUCAGCGGCGAGUGCUCGCCCUACAACAUGUCCCCCUGGAACCAGACCAUGGCGUCCCCCUGGUCGCACCACAGCGAGGCGUCGUCCAUGGCGGCGCCGGCCACCAUGGCGCCAGGCACCAGCCUCAUCAGCUCCCUGGUGAGGGAGGAAGGCCACAUCUACUCCCUAGCCGCCAAGGGCGACGCGCUCUACACGGGCUCCGACAGCAAGAACAUCCGCGUCUGGCGCAAGCAGAAGGACUCGGGAGGGUUCAAGUCCUCCAGUGGGCUCGUCAAGGCCAUCGUCAUCUCCGGGGAGCGCAUCUUCACGGGCCACCAGGACGGCAAGAUCCGUGUCUGGAAAGUGUCCCCCAAGAACGGCCUCCACAAGCGUGUCGGCAGCCUGCCACGCCUGCGUGACUUCCUGCGCGGGUCACUCAACCCGUCCAACUACGUGGAGGUCCGGAAGAACCGGUCGGCGCUGUGGAUCCGGCACAGCGACGCCGUGUCGUGCCUGAGCCCGACGGACCCGUCCCAGGGCCUGCUCUACUCCGGGUCAUGGGACCGCACCUUCAAGGUGUGGCGCAUCAGCGACUCCAAGUGCCUCGAGUCCGUGGUGGCGCACGACGACAACGUGAACGCCAUCGUGGCCGCAUUCGACGGGCUCGUCUUCACGGGAUCCGCCGACGGGACCGUCAAGGUGUGGAAGCGCGAGGUGCAGGGGAAAGGGACCAAGCAUUCCGCCGUGCAGACGCUGCUGAAGCAGGAGCACGCCGUGAACGCGCUGGCCGUGAGCGCCGUGGCGCCCGUGCUCUACUGCGGGUCCUCCGACGGGCUCGUCAACUGCUGGGAGGGCGAGCGCCACCUGGUCCACGGCGGCGUGCUGAGAGGACACAAGAAGGCCGUGUUCUGCCUCGCGGCCGCCGGGGCGCUACUGUUCAGCGGCUCGGCGGAUAACACCAUCUUCGUGUGGCGCCGUGACGCCGGGGUGCACUCCUGCCUGUCGGUGCUCACGGGCCACACCGAGCCCAUCAGGUGCCUCGCCGUCGUGGAGUACAACAAGGAGAACGUGGCCGCGGCCGCCAACGAGAGCGGGGACAGCAGUAACGGAGCCUCGAGGUGGAUCGUGUACAGCGGCAGCCUCGACAAGUCCAUCAAGGUGUGGCGCGUGUCCGACGAGGCCCCCGACCCGAUGCUCCAGGGACCCGGCGGCGGCGACGGGCCGCAGAUGUUCGACCGGUACCCCGGCGACCCGUUCGGGGCCGGCAGCUCCUCGUCCUUCCGCUAAGAUCGACAACACGCGCCAACCCAACCAGUUUUGCAAGAAGAAGAAGAAGAAGUGUCCACUCUUCGGUGGGCAAUCACAAUCUUGACUCACGGAUUAAUUAACCAAAGGAGUUUCUGGAUUUUGUUCAUAUAUAUACUGAUGAUGACUUGAACGGCAAAGACAUCGAUCAUGCCAUGCCCGGGGAAUGAACAUCUGGAGUUGUGGUAUAGUGAUGAAUCUAGGUAAGUUUGCUUUUUUCGGAACGUGGCUAAGGGAAAUCCUCGUAUACAACGUGAUUAUAUAUUUGUUGUGUAAUAGUUGAACUUAACUUGAUUUUGUGUUAAGGGAUGAAAUCAAUAAAGGACCAAUUGAGUUCUAA